CGAUUGCUAAAACCUCUUCAGAACCCGUAUCAGCGCACAAAACUUUCAUUCUGCGGAAUGCAAUCGAAGGGGAUUUCCGUUUUGGUUGUCUUUCUCUCAUUUCACUCUUUAAGUGCAAUUAAAAAAUCGAAUGCGCGAUACUUUAUUCCCAGCAUCCACUCCAACUGGUUCAAGGCCAAUGAGUUCUGUAAUUCGUUACAAAUGCGCCUGGUGGUAAUCAAGUCACAAGCGGAUAACGAUGCCGUGGCUCAGUACGUUCAAACAACAGACAAAUUCUCCGAGGUGAGCUGCGGCUUCUGGAUCGGAGGAAGCGAUCUAGCCGAAGAAGGUGUGUUCAUAUGGGUAGCCACCGGUGAAAGAGUUACCUACGCAAACUGGAAAAAGGAUGAGCCGAACAACGCUGGACAGAAUGAAGACUGCAUACAGCUGGCGUAUAUUCCAUCUGCCAACUAUAACUGGAGCUGGAACGACAACCCGUGUGCGGAGACGUCGCUGUAUUUCAUAUGUGAAAGCGUGGAAUGUGAUUGUGUUCAACAGUUUUGAUAUGCAAUGCCGAAUAAUGCGAAUAACACUGCAAUGAAACUUUCGAUAAAUUGAAA